UGAAAAAUGGGUAUGCGAGGAUUCUGGUUCCGGAGCUAAGUCUAUAUAUGGUCCAUCAUAUCAUUUCAUCAAAUUUACAAGUCGUUGGCGAAAAACUGUUCCGGUCAACCUUUUCCGAAAGGGCUGUAACUUGGUUUGAAUUUGAACGCGUUGUCGCGUACCAAUCGUGCCCCUGAUUGGUCCUGAUGGGAUGGGCGCGUCGUGAAAGUUGAAUAGAACGCCUACGGGACCGCACACGUUUGUCGGCCGCAGGCACGCGCACAAUGCGCAUCAGCUACGCCGUUCCUUCUCGAUCUUCUUAUAAACAUGGUUCCUCCUCAGCCCGCUUCUAUCGUGCCAGCACCUGACAGCAGCCGCCCAACAGUAUAGCAUGUUUCCGCAAGCCCAGCUCCUCACGCUCGUCGCCCUGACGGUCGCGGCGCUGAACGCUCGGGCAGCCGUGGUGCACUACCCGCCGAUCCAGAGCAACAUCAACAACCUCACGUUCGUGCUGACCGGCACCGGCGCGCCGGGUAUCUACAAUUCGUCCACGACCCCGGAUGCGCUGUACGGCGAGUACAACUGGUGCAACAUGCCGCAUGUCAGGCCGCGGGAGUACAAGACGCCGAGCAAGGACUACAGCCUCAAAUAUGUCGAGGUUAUCCACAGGCAUCACAAACGGACCCCGUACUCCUCCAACACCUUCUUCAAGGAGGACAUCCCAUGGAACUGCACCGGAGAAGGUCCGGUGGUCUACGGCAAAGGCCCCGGCGGCGUCAGCGCACAGGUGUCGGAGAUCCAAUGGGCCGGCUUCACGGAUGCGCAGAACCCCUUCAUCUCCACCGUCGGCCCCGGUUUCGUCGGCAGCGACUGCCAGCUUCCCCAGAUCACGGAAGGCGGACUGGUCGACAGUCACACGCACGGUGCUGAUCUUCGCGCGGUGUACGGCUCUCGUUUGAAGCUGAAGGAGAAGCUCGACCCGGACGUGGUGAAGGUUCGCGUGACGAACAACGUGAUCACGUCGCAAGUCGCUGGAUCCCUGCUGAAUGCGCUGUUCCCGAGCACAGACAACGUCGCGGUCGAGAUCCAGUCCGGUACGUACGACUCGCUGGAGCCGACGUACUCGUGCCCUACUGCCAACAACGUCAAGAAUGGAUACAUGAACUCCGCGAACUGGACCGGCCACCUGUCCGCCGCGGCUCCACUGUAUGCCAAGCUGGACCAGGUCUCUGGGACGUCGAACCCGGAUAACGGCGGCUGGCACAGCUCGUUCGACCACUACUACGACAACCUGUCCGCGAAGCUGUGCCACCAAAAGACCCUGCCGUGCAGCGUGAACGACACGGCGUCGUGCGUGACGCAGGACGAGGCGGACGAGGUGUUCCGUCUCGGCAACUGGGAGUAUUCCUACCAGUACCGCGACGCACCCGGCACGGCGCAGUACAGCGCGCUGCACUACGGUGCCUGGGUCUUGGAGCUGCAGAGUCAUCUGCAGGGCGUGAUCAGCGGGAAAAGCAAGCUCAGAUACGUCCACAACGUGGCGCACGACGGCUCAGUCUCGUCCCUGCUCGGAUUCCUGCAAAUCGAUAAAAUGGUCUGGCCUGGAAUGGGCUCCGAAGUUGUGUUCGAGCUGUAUGAAAAGCAGAACGCAUACUACCUGCGUGUGCUUUGGGGCGGUCAGCCCAUGGUGACGUCGACUCCACUGGGAACGCUCGACCUCAUUCCCGUGCAGGAGUUCUAUGAUUACGUCCAAUCGAUGGUUGGGACCAGCACCGACCUCUUGGCGAACUGCUUCUCGUAAGCGAAAUGUAUUUAUAUCAUGUACCCGGAUGGAUAUAAUAAGAACAUUCCACCAACGACGAGAGGGCCAAAGUUCAACAAGGAUACAUUGGCGUGGACCAUGUGUGUGUCCAACAUAUGAUGACAUGGACCUUGUAUACGUCCACUACAGCUGGCGCUGUCCCCCGUUCGUGUGCGAGAGGGACAGCGCCACAGUACAUACUGAUACAUACAGAGACUAUGCGUGUGCGUCUCGGGGGCGGGUGGUAGUACAGGAGUGUAACGGGAGCUUACCUCAGAUGGUGCGCUGCACGGAUGCGUGUCAGUCAAAGUCCGCCAUUCCAACGAAAAUACGGACCUUUAUCAAGGACCAUUGGUGGACGACGGUCUUGAUGCGAUCGUUUAGAGCCGUAAUGCACUGAUUGCAAGGUAAAUGCUCUGCCAGUGGGCCGAGGACGCCCUCAAGCGCGCCAGCGGACAUAUCUGCAUCGCUUGUCAGCCGCGGACACAUGCUGAGACUAGCACGUACCUGGCCUAAUGUCCCACACGAUGUAGGCGGGCAAGCGCCCAUGCGCGGUUCAGACCUUUCUGAUCCGAGAAGUCACAGGUCCCGGUGGGCGCAUGGGGAUGAGGUGGUGAAACGAGCAGCCGGCGGAGUGCCUCAAUCCGCCCGUUAUGCAUGAAGAAUAGCCGUUUCAAGUAAAUUGAACCCAUCUGUUCGGCGUCCACGUCCGUUAAUCGGGAUAAGGGAUAUCCCAACAGAUGAGAUGAUGUGGGAGUGGCCAAGUCGAUCAUAUCGUAACGCGCAGCAAGGAUGUACAGCUCCAAGGGGAACAGUGGAGCCUGAGAAAGGAUGAGAGAAAAGAGUGGAGUGGAGGGAAUGAUCUGCGGCAAAAGGUCGGCGAUGACGGUGAGGGUGGAAAACGAAAAUGCUUACAGUGGUUUUGGGGUCAAGUCCAUACCCGAGCAUCGCAUCUGCAGCCUCUACGAGGACUUCAAACGUUGGCGUGUACUGCUCGCACGACAUUCCAUAUAUCGAGUGCAAUAUUACGUUUAGGGCAGGCGACGUGUCGGGCACCUCCACAGUUACGGGCGAAGCGCCAGGCCCCGUGCUCCAGGGGACGCGGCCCGAUAGACGGUGGCAUGAAAGGUCGAGGAGACAUGAAUGGACGUAGAAGUGCACUUUGUCGGGCGUCACCAACACGACAUCGGGUUGUUGGCCCAUCACCUUCGAUGAGGCGGGAUAUACCGCGUCGGGGAAAAAGGUGGUCGAAAUCAGGACACUGGAGGGCUCGAAAUCGAGUUCCUCCAGGCGAGGAGUGGGUUCGUUAGAAGGCUAGGACUUUUGGUUAGACAAAACUGGGUCGACAGAUUAGCGCGCAAAUGAUAGGGACUGACGGGGGGAGAGGGGAGGUAGCCCGACAACGGGGAGUUUUCAGAGUCGAACAGAAACUGAGGGCUUCCAAACAUCUCGGAGUCAUCCCAUGAGGAGUACAUAGGGAGGGAGGGAGGGAGGGCAGAUGGCGGGGGAGUGGAAGGAGUAACGCGCGUUGGUCGUGUUUGUUACACUCCACAUAGGCGCAUUUGAUGACCCUGAACUCCCUGAACGCACCUGACGAGUUCUUUCCUCAUCCACCAACUUGCUCCACUCAACCAGCACGAGUGCGAUGGCGAUGGCGAUCGAUUCCCGAAUCUGAAUGGAAUCACAAAACAGUCACUGAUAGCUCGAGAUGAGGGCCUUCACAAUUCUGUGCUUGAGAAGUUCCUACCGCAAUCGAAGCUUCACGUUGAGCAAACAGAACUAAUCCUUGCUCGGACCUUGAGUUCAAGACACAAGGUGAAUGUCUUGUUAAAUGACUAUGCCGAAUCCCACACUCGGAGGCUACACGGAAGGACGGCAUGAUCAGUACGAAACACCAGAGAGGGAACCGGCGCGACGUGCCACUGAUGCAAGUAGACGGCCCUCCGUACUAAGCACGCUGCCGCGAUGGCGUUUGGCGUGGUGAUCGCCCGUGUGUUCAAUCCGGCGUCAUUCGGGAGGGAGUCGUAUCACGUUUUUGAGCGGGAAUGCCGGUCUUUUUGGCCAAAAUGUUCAGUGCCCCAUCCACGUACAGCGACAGACAUGGUGGUGUGAAUGAAGGAGGAUAAGGGCCAUACCGCCCUGAUAUACGUACUGGGUCCAGACCCGCUACAUCAUCUAUGCGAUCAUUUGUACCUGCACGUGUUGUCACCAUCUCUUUCCUGUGCUUUCAUGAGGGCCUUAUUCUGGCCAAGCGCUCUAUACCUUCUCGUCCGUGUCUCUGGUGCCCCAACCCCAGAUACGGAUGACGCCCCCGCGUCUGCUUUAAGGAUCAAAUCGGAGAAGAGCUGGUUAUGGGGGUGGGCAUGGGGUGCAGAGAGCACAGUUUCCAUCGUGGAUCGUUCACCUAUCAUCUCGUUUGCUUCGCGACCCGCGGCUUUUGGUGCGGAGAUCAAUGACCCCAUUCUCGGAUAUGUUAUUCCACUUUCCUCCUUUACUCGAACAUGCGCUGCCAACUCCACCUUUCUUUCGUCCGCUAACACAGGGUGUCCGUCCCUUUGUGUCGACGGUCCAUAUCGACCCGACCCUUCUGAGACCUGGAUCGCUCUAGUCCAGCGCGGUGGUUGUGAAUUCGUCAAGAAGGUCCGAGAGGCCCAGCGUCUCGGCGCCCAUGCUGUCGUUGUCGGCGGCGAAGACCCGGAGCUCACAGGAUACCCCGACACUCUAGUGAACAUGUACAGUCCCGAAGACGCCUCUGACAUCAAGAUCGCCUCGACCUACAUCAAGUACUCGGACUACGAGCAGCUCUCCUCGCUCAUCGCCGCGUCGAAUACCUCCCACUCGGGUCUGCGCACGCUGUCCCUGCUGAUCACCGCCGAGUACAGCGCGUGGGAAUGGUACUCGCCCAUCAUCACCUUCAUCGUCAUCCUCCUCCUUCCGUCUGUAUUGACGUUCAUCACGCUACUCAUCCACCGGAUACGGGCAGCACGUGCGGCGCAACGGGACCGGGCACCGCAGGACGUGGUCCGGAAUCUGCCAUGGCGGGUCUGGACCGGCAGUGGAUGGGAGAAACACGGCAGCGGGGAGGAUCCGUAUGUAGCCGAGGAACGCUCUGACGCUGCUGCUGUAGGGGCUGCUGCGGCUGCGGCUGCUCCGGUAAGCGACAAUUCCGAGUCGUCGGAAGGGUCGUCUUCCACCCCAGCUGAUCCCAAGCCCUUGGCGCCUUCGGAGCAAACCGCUUCUGAAUCACCGCUUCCAUGGUUCGACACCCAAGUCGAGUGCGCGAUCUGUCUGAGCGAGUUCGAGAAGGGCGACAAAGUGCGCGUGCUGCCCUGUCAUCACAUGUUCCACCUGGCGGAAGUCGACGAAUGGCUCAUCCAACGGAAGAAGCUGUGCCCUGUCUGCAAGGCCGAUGUGACGCAGCCUCCUCCAGAGGCCAAGCUUCCAGGCCAGCUGUUGACGGGGCCGUUGCUGGGCCUUCACGUGCCGGGUCACCUGCAGUCACCGAGCGUACACCCUUGUUAGCUAAUCACGACCAAGACGACGACCCUUUGUAGUAGUUUAUCGAUUAUCUCUUGUAACAU